UGUUUAAAGAUCCACCAAUGAAACACGUCGUUACAUUUUCUUUAAGGCAGUAGUAUAAACAUGGCAGCCUUCGAUGCUCGUGGUGAAAAACGAAAAAACGAGAGCUGCAAUGCGGGACCUAGUUCAAACAAGAAGCCGACCUUUGCCUGGAACAAAGGUCUACUUGCUUCUAUGGAUGACCCAGAACUGCAGGAAUAUGUAGAUGAAAGAGUUGUGAUAAUUAAAGACAAAUACCCAAAGGCAAGGCACCAUUUUCUUGUUUUGCCAAAAGAAAACAUCCCCAACCUGAAAAGCUUGAAGCCUGAGCAUAUAAAGCUUUUAGAGUAUCUCCAUAAAAAGGGGGAAGAAGUCAUCCACAGAACUGAUGAAACCCUGAAGUUUCGACUUGGUUACCAUGCCAUUCCUAGUAUGAGCCAUCUACACCUCCAUGUCAUUAGCCAAGACUUUGACAGUCCAUGUUUGAAGAAUAAAAAGCAUUGGAAUUCUUUUACUACUGAAUAUUUCUAUGAUUCUAAAGACAUAAUAAAGAUGUUGAAAAAUGAGGGGAAGGUUCAGCUGGACAGCACGAAAUUCCAAGAUGUGCUCAAACGAAAUCUCAGGUGCCAUGUGUGUAGAAAAGAAUUAUCUACAAUGCCAGCCUUAAAGACACAUAUUAAGGUUCACAGCUAUAAAGUAACGUGACAACAGUGGGAAUGACAACAGUGGGAAUCGUCAUGUAACUGUCUCUUAUAUCUCCUAGUGUGCCAGCAAAAUUAAUGCAAGUCAUGUACUACCUUGUAGCUUUGUGCCUUUUCAUGUAUCGAGCAAAAUGACCAAUGAUGAUGCUGGAAGUUUGAUAAAACUGAAAUCUUCAACUCGACUGUAAUCUUAAAUUUCCUGGAUGCAGUAGUACUGUUGAAGAUAUUUCAAUUCUCUGCCAACUUCACAUGUAAUUCACCCACAAUAUUCACUAUGAAAUCAUUUAAAAUGUGCCAGAGUAGCAAGAUUGUGACAUCCAGCCGUCCAACUAUUGUAAGAUACAACAUCAGCCAUCCUGCUACCUAUUGUGACAUCAAACCAUCAUGCUGUGUUCAAAAUGAUUUCCAGAUUUUGCUUUUAGAAUUACA